AUGUCUAACUCCUACAAGCAGUGUUAUCGGAGGAACGCAGUAUUGAAACACGCCCACGCCAGACAGUCCUCCAGUCUGGACUCCCGAAGAUCGUCCGCCUCUCGUUCAAUUGACUGUGAUCUCAACAAACUACAGAGCAAGCUGAAUGAUUACAAGAAGCGGCAGUGUUCUAGCACUCUAUCAGUGUACAGCAGCAAUGGUUCCCUGGCUACAUCUGCUCACAGAAGAUCACUGCCAGGUAGUGAAGAGGGCGAUAUGGUCCACUCAGCUCCAGACAUAAGACUCCUCUUCACCCCGGAUCAGGACCCCACUAUCAAGGCAGCCUACCCUAAACGAGAACACACGGAUCAGGACCCCACUAUCAAGGCAGCCUACCCUAGACGAGAACACAGUCCCCGACUACGUACCUACUCUGCCAGCGGGGACGACAAGGUAUUUAAAGACUUACGGUUGAGACAGCUCGCUGGUCGCUUCAGUCCCAUCCCUCCAGUGGAGAGGAGAAGGAACUCCUCCUCCCCCACAGAAGACAAGAGACGAGCUUUGAUAACGGGGGUGGACGACAGGAGACACUCUACUACUCCUGAUUACAGGAGACUGAUGCAGACAUCAAACCUCCUGAGACGCCGCUCUGCUUCUCCUGACAGACUCGACAACUGGUGCCCGGACAGUGGGAUCAACUGUAGACUCAGCAACUCCACCAUUUCCCUGCAAUCAGCCUCGCCUACCGACAUCCCUGUUGGAAAAAUAUCAAGGCAGAGCAGCACAGAAGAGGAAAAUAAACAGCGGAGUCCAUUACGGGCCACCACACCCAGCAUUAAUAGGAAGGAACAGGUAUCCCAAAGAGCACUACGACCCAUAAAGUCAGCCAACCUCUCUCGACAAAGGAGCAAAUCCCUUGAAUUAGGUAUCAACACUAUCGAAGACAUUACCAACUUCUUCGACAAUCUUAAAGUAGUCAGAAGAGGGUCGAAAGCAACUAAGCUGCAGGAUACUAAGCUGCAGGAUAAAAAACGACUCAGUCUGCCAGAGAGAAAUCAGAAUCUGCUACCGGAACUAGUGGUCACCUGCCCUCAAGAGUGAGGUGUCAUGGUAACCAUUGUAGUUCCACACUGCUGGCUCUCAGAGAUAUACGACAACGGAACACAUAUGUGUCUUCAUCAGUCGAUUUAACGGUUCAUUGAAAAGUUGACGAGACGAGGCCAAUAGAAAGUAGUUAGUAGUAGUAUAGGGAGUAUAGGGGGAACUUGAAUAAGUAGUAUGUACACUAAAAUUAGGAGAACUUGUGCGUGACAGACCCACAACGUGGGGCAAUUGAAAAGUCGGAGAUUUUGGGAUUUAGAAAAUAAUUUAUAACA